AUUGCUUUACAAAAAUUUCCCUCUGGUUUGGUUUAGUCUUCGUUUUCCUUAAUUAUCCUUAUUCUCUCUCUAAAAUUAUCUCCUUUCCUUUCACCCUCUCUAAAAUUUCUCAUUUGUUGUUUUUCCUCUUGCUCUCGCCCUCUCUCUCUCUCUCGCGGAGUCUCUACUCGGAUUAAUUUUCGCCGUCCGAUCACCUGACCAGCAUUCCGGCGAUCGGUUUCAAAUGACUCGCUAUUUGGAUUCACGUGAGGACAGAUUCUUCUGCGUUUCGUUUCGUAAAUCGGUACAAUUCCUUUCUAAUUCUUAUAUCAGAUCCAUUUGUUUAUGAUUUGUUAUGGCUGGAUCAAUCAUUUGAUUUGAUCCGCUUUUAAGGAUGGUUAUUAUUCCAUGCAUGCCGAUCCAUCGGAAUUCGACCGAGCAUCCCCGCCCGGAUCACCGCUCGGUUCCUUUCUAAUAAUAUUAGAAUUAGAGAUAUUAAUUGUAGGGUUAGGGUUUGUUUGCAUUGAGAAAUGUUGAAGAAAAUUAUUAAAGGAGGGCAUAAGAAGCCCUCCAAAUCUGAAGCUAACGAUUAUGCGUUUGGGCCACCGGGGCCCCGCAAUACUGGGUCGGGUCCUGCUUCAAAUGUGGUGGUUAACCAUGCGUCACGUACUGGCCCUGGCUCAGUAAGUCCUAACACCGGCGCGUCAGUCGUGGCCCCGCCACCAAUGAAUUCUAUGGAGGCCCUCCCUCUGUUCCGGGAUGUGCCUAUGUCGGAGCGACAAAAUUUGUUUCUCCGGAAGCUUCAAAUCUGUUGCUUCCAGUUGGAUUUUAGCGAUACACUAAAAUCUGUCCGAGAGAAGGAAAUCAAAAGACAAACGCUAUUGGAAUUAGUGGAUUUUAUUCAAUCUGGGUCUGGAAAAAUAACGGAGACCUGUCAGGAGGAAAUGAUUAGAAUGGUUUCGGUGAAUAUACUCCGUUGCUUGCCCCCUGCUUCUCAUGAGAACACAGGUCAAGAAGCUAAUGAUCCUGAAGAGGAUGAGCCUUAUUUAGAACCCUCGUGGCCUCAUUUGCAGCUUGUUUAUGAGCUUCUUUUAAGAUAUGUUGUGUCAUCUGAUACAGAUACAAAGGUUGCCAAGAGGUAUAUUGAUCAUUCCUUUGUGUUGAAAUUGCUUGAUUUGUUUGAUUCUGAGGACCUGCGAGAGAGGGAGUAUUUGAAGACCAUUCUUCAUAGGAUUUAUGGCAAGUUCAUGGUGCACCGCCCAUUUAUUAGGAAGGCAAUAAAUAAUAUAUUCUAUCGGUUUAUAUAUGAGACGGAGAGGCACAGUGGCAUAGGGGAACUCUUGGAGAUUCUAGGGAGUAUUAUAAAUGGUUUUGCACUGCCAAUGAAGGAGGAGCAUAAACUGUUUCUUGUAAGGGCACUUUUACCACUGCAUAAACCGAAGCCAGUAUCUCUGUAUCAUCAGCAGCUGUCUUAUUGUAUUGUCCAGUUUGUUGAAAAGGAUUACAAGCUUGCAGAUACAGUUAUUAGGGGUUUGUUGAAGUAUUGGCCUCUGACUAAUUGUCAGAAGGAAGUUCUCUUCCUUGGAGAACUUGAAGAAGUGUUGGAGGCAACUCAGUCUGCAGAGUUUCAGCGCUGCAUGGUUCCUCUUUUCAGACAGAUUGCUCGCUGCCUCACUAGUUCCCAUUUUCAGGUUGCAGAAAGGGCCCUGUUUUUGUGGAACAAUGAACACAUAGUGAGUUUGAUUGCCCAGAAUCGUAGUGUGAUAUUGCCAAUAAUUUUCGAGGCAUUGGAGAAGAAUAUCCGGACUCACUGGAACCAGGCGGUUCAUGGACUUACGGUUAAUGUUCGGAAAAUGUUCUUGGAAAUGGAUGCUGAGUUGUUUGAAGAGUGUCAGAGGCAGUAUCAAGAGAAAGAGUCUAGGGCCAAAGAUGUGGAAGAGCAGCGCCAAUUAACAUGGAAGAGACUCGCUGACGCAGCAGCACAGAGAGGGGGAGAAGAUAUGGUCACUGUUUGACUGAUUUCUCUGGGUUGGGUGAUCGAUCCACCAUAAACAAAAAUGUGUGGAUUGGAGACUAAUGCGAGUUCUCCUCCCCAUUUUGGUGCUAUUCUUUUGCAAAUUUUUUUUUUCUGUUUCUUGUUCAUCUUUUAUUUUUUGAUCUCAAUCCAAUCCCUAAAAGAUAUCAGAAAUAGCAGCCAUAAAUGUAAUUUAAAAUGUAUUGAAUGUUAGUAAUAUGCUGCACAUGAAGAAUGAUUUGUGAGUAUCUCUUAUGAUUUCUUUUU